AUGCAACUCGCCGAGCGCCAGGAAGCCGACUCGCUUGAGCGUGCGCAACCUACGGAAACUCUGGACGUAGCACAAGAGUCCCACAAGUACCCUGAGGGCGGCAAAGAUGCAUGGCUUGUUGUGGCUGGUGCAUGGUGCGCCAUGAUACCAUCCAUGGGUCUUCUCAAUACUCUUGCAGUUCUGCAGGCCUGGGUUUCACAGAAUGAACUUCAUGGGCUCCCGGAGUCGACAAUAGGCUGGGUGUUUAGCACUUACGCCUUCUUCCUCUACUUUUGCGGCGCUCAAGUUGGCCCCAUCUUUGACGCUCAUGAUGUGAGGUUCCUGGUGAUACCCGGAUGCGUAGGAUCUGUGGCGUCUAUGAUGCUGAUGAGUCUCUGCAAAGAGUUCUACCAGUUUUUGCUCACCUUUGGUGUCCUCGGCGGCGUAUCAGCUUCGCUUCUUUUCAACCCGAGCAUCGCUGCAGUCGGGCACUGGUUCUCGGAACGUCGUGCUCUAGCUACAGGAAUAGCCUGCACGGCUGGAGGCGUCGGCGGCGUUGUCUUUCCUCUCAUCAUUCUCUACAUGGCUCCCAGGGUUGGUUUUCCAUGGGCCAUCAGGACGGUUGGGUUUAUCUGUGCUGCCGCGUCUGUUUUGGCAUGCACGCUCUUGAAGAAGAGGCUUCCACCAAGCAAGACAUCCAGUGGCGCAAUCGACCUCAAGGCGCUGAAAGAGACAAAAUUCGGUCUCGCAACAUUGGCCGUGUUCCUGAUCGAGUUCGCAGUCUUCAUCCCGUACACUUACAUUUGCUUGUACGCUAUCCAUGAGGGCAUCGAUCUCCAGAAGUCUCUCCUCCUAAGUGCACUGCUCAACGCUGGAGCGAUUCCAGGCCGUGCCCUACCGGGCUACGUCGCAGACCGAUUUGGUCCCUUCAAUGUCAUGUGCGUCACUGCCUUGGUGUGCUCGGCAUUCAUCUUCGCGCUCUGGUUGACAGCGCAUGGCGGAGAAGCUGCCACGACUGCCUUUGCGGUCAUGUUUGGAUUCUGGUCCGGAGCUGCCAUCAGCUUGACGCCAGUCUGCAUUGGACAGGUGUGCAAAAUCGAAGACUAUGGGAAAAGGAGUGGCACGGCGUUCUUUGUCUGCAGUUUUGGUGCCCUUGUCGGUGUGCCCUUCGCUGGAGCUAUUCUGCAAUGGUCAGGUGGCACUUAUGACGGCCUUAUACUCUUUGCGGGUGGUCUAUACAUCUUGUCGUUCUGCGCUUUUGCCGUUGCAAGAGGCGUAGCUUGUGGUUGGAAUCCCAAGACCUUGUUCUAG